AUGCCCAGGCACAUGCGGACGUUCUUCCACAUCUCCGAUCAUGGAAGACUACUGAAUCAACCCAUCGACCCCUCACGUGUGGUCACCCACACCAAGUAUGGUAUCUGGGACUACUACCAAGAGGAGCACCCGGACGCAGGAAGGAUCACGUAUGGAACAGACGUGCAAGAGGGCAUCCCGUAUAUCACCCGCGCCGUGCGUGACGUCUUCGUCAUACCCGGAUGCAAGCUCCAGGUGUGCAUAUAUGCGGCUGCAGAGCUUGCUGCGUCGCUCGUCCCUGCUUUGUCUGUCUGGUUCCAGGGACAAAUGCUGCUCAUGAUGGAGAAGGCAGUAGAGACAGGCGAAAUAGACAAGCCUAUGUUCCUCCUAGCAUUCUCUGGUCAUGCGUCUUGUUCACUCAUCACCAACCUGCUCGAUCGCGUCAAGGAUCGCGCGCAAAAUAAUAUUAACAAGAAGAUUCAGCGCAACCAGGCCCUCCGCGCCUUCGCCAUCUGGGCUCGCAUUGAUUUGCCCACAUCCGAGAGGCCAGAUAUCAUGAACGAAUUGCUCACGACAUCCAACUCGGAGAUGUUCGGCCAGACCGUACUUUGGGGUGGCGUAGGAACGGUCGUCCAUCUCUUGGGAACUGGUGCUCGUGUCAGCACACAAGUUGCCGUACUCUGGAACGUUCUGCGAGGACAAACGGACCUUGCGUACAUGGGGAUUGCGACUAUUCUGUCCGAAUUGUUGACCCGACUUUGGCCUUACUUUCGAUUUUCGUCGUACAACGAUGUGGCAUGGGUGGUCAAGACCGACAAUCAAGAUUACUUGAAGAUUGCCGGGUGGAAAGCAACGGUCCAAAGCCAAAAGCACCGGAAGGAAAUCGUUGCAGGGGAUCUGGCCGAGUUCGCAAUUUCAGAGUAUACGUCUGCUUCGGACCGGCUUGGUGACGGAUACCGAGACUUCAUGGAGAUACAGAGAACGGUCGGUUUCCAUGCAGGAAGCGGCAGUGCAUUCUGGACGCAUUUCCAGAACGGUUUCAGUUACCUCCCGCAGCUUGCCUUUGCUAUUCGUGCCAUGCAAAACCCUUCUCGAAUGGCAGAACUCCUUGCUACACUGCACCUCAUACAGUCGUCUGCCGCCGGCCUGGCGAUGUCAGUUCAAUCGCUAGUGGGCAAAACUAUGUCACUCGGAGAUGAGGUAUACGGCCUGAAGAAGACGUAUGAACCUGGGAUCAAGAACUUGGUCGUUGAUGGGAAGGAACCGUUUGUAGUGGAUCCGCACCAAGGGAACAUGGGCAUUGAACUAGAGUUCCGGAAUGUGUCCUUCAAGUAUCCCAGCGCGGAUAAGUAUGCUCUGAAGGACGUCUCUUUCAAGCUUCUUCCGGGGCAGCUUUGCGUCAUUGUUGGAUCGAACGGCGCCGGCAAAAGUACCAUACUCAAAUUGUUAGUUCGUCUGUAUGAUCCAAUGGAAGGUGCCAUCUUCUUUGGAGGCCGUGACAUCCGCACGCUGAAGAUGAGCGAUCUCCGCCGCGCCACCUCCGUCCUCUUCCAGGACUACACUCAUUUCCCACUGUCUAUCCGAGACAACAUCGCGCUCGGAGAUCCCACUGGAGCCCACUCGGACGCUGCUGUCCGACGCGCUGCUGAACUUGGUGGCGCCACCAAGAUCAUCGAGUCUCUACCGGAGAAGUACAAUACCUAUCUCGGCUUUAACAACUCCCAGCUCGCAACCGGGCCCCCGGAUGGCUCGCUGACACGUUCCGGGAAGAUCUUCGAUACUGCCGCGGUGGUUGCGCGUGCUGGACUCCGACGUUCUGUAACACAGCUGAGCGGCGGGCAGAUGCAGCGGCUUGCGGUGGCGCGCACGUUCAUGCGCUCAGUCGUGCGCGAGGACGCACGCGUCGGGCUUCUGUUGUUCGAUGAGCCGAGCGCGUCGCUGGACCCCAUCGCAGAGCAUGAUCUAUUCGACCGGCUGCGGGAGCUUCGGGGGAGCAAGACGAUGGUCUUCUCAUCUCACCGUUUCGGCAAGCUCACGCGACACGCAGACCUGAUCCUGUACAUGGAUGGUUGUGGCAUCAUCGAGGCUGGCACGCACGAAGCACUGCUGGAGAAGGAUGGAAAUUACGCGCGACUUUGGAAGCUUCAGGUCCAAGCCUUCGCGUGA